AUGUUGGAUGAAUUAUAUAAAGCAGAACGCGGAGAGAUGGAAAAGAAACUUCAAGCAAAAGAUGAAGUCAUUGAAUCCAAAGACAAAAGCAUACAGAAAAGAAUACCGCGUUCAGUACCAAAAGGAAAGGAAAAGAGUUAUAGGUAUAUGAUAUAUACUGAAGAAUUGGAGAAAGAAGAAGAUAAAGAUAUGGUUAUGUUGCAUUUAGUCAGAAGAAACAACAAGAGCUUUUAUGACUUAGCUAAAAUAUAUAAAUCUGACAGAAACUGGUUCUAUCGUGAAAACUUACCGAUUUCAAUGACACCGAAUGAGCAAAUAAAGGAAAUUGUCAAAAAUACUCUUCCUCAAACACACUAUGACAUCAAAGGUUGCACAAUACUUACAUUCAAAGAAGACUUAACAUUACUGAAGGAAAAAAUAACAGAAUAUUUCGAUAACUUCAAAGAGGAAGAAUGA